UAUCCUUGUGCUGUUUUGUGUUCCAUCUCUCUCUCUCCCUGUCUCUCCCGGAGCUUGGGAAGGCCAGGGGCGCGGAGGCUUUAGGGUUUAGUUAGGGCCUUAUGCCGCUGGCUCGCACGGCGCUGGAGGAGGAGACGGCGUAGAGGCGCGCGGCCCUCCCCGGCGCGGAAGCUUUCCAAGGUUCUUGUUUUUCUCUCAAGGCGAGGCUAGGGUUCUUCCGCCAGGAAAUAUGCAGGCGCUGGCGCCUCACGCUCCACCGGAAGCUCAAUCUCCGCAGCAGCAGCAGCAGCAGCAGCACCAGGGUCCGCCGCCGCCGCCGCCGCCAGCGCAGCCGCCGACGCAGCAGGCAUGGAUGCCGCCACAGCUGGGGAUUUCACAGGCCGGGAUUCUACCGCCACAGCAAGAAAUGCUGCCGCCGGUGAGCGUCAUGCUGCCUCCUCUCAAGCAGGGCCAGGCUCACAGCCCCGGGCACGCCAACGGGGAGCUUAAGACGCUCUGGGUGGGCGAUCUCCAGUACUGGAUGGACGAGGGCUACCUCUAUAGCUGCUUCGCUCACACCUCCGAGGUACAAGUUGCCAAAGUCAUACGCAAUAAGCAGACUGGAUAUUCAGAGGGUUACGGUUUUGUUGAGUUUACCAACCAUAGCACUGCAGAGAAAGUCCUUCAGUCUUUUAAUGGUACUCAAAUGCCUUCGACAGAUAUAGCCUUCCGCCUCAACUGGGCCUGUUUUGGGAUCGGGGAGAGAAGGCCAGACCAGGGUCCGGACUUCUCCAUCUUCGUGGGGGACCUCGCGCCGGAUGUCACAGAUUACAUGCUGCAGGAAACGUUUCAAAGCCGCUACUCGUCUGUCAAGGGUGCAAAGGUGGUGAUGGAUACUACAACCGCUCGCUCCAAGGGCUAUGGCUUUGUGAGGUUUGGGGACGAAGCCGAGAAGAUGAGGGCCAUGACAGAAAUGGCGGGUGUGUACUGCUCGACUCGUCCCAUGAGGAUUAGUACUGCAACACCUAAGAAAUCUUUAGCAACGAUUCCACCGAAAGUUUUCUACCCGAGUCAAAAUUUUGGAGUUCCACCUCUAACUGACAAUGACCCAUCUAACACUACGGUUUUCGUCGGUGGACUGGACCACAGUGUCAAAGAUGAAGAUUUGAAGCAGGUUUUCUCUCAAUUUGGGGAUAUACAGUACGUCAAGAUCCCUGCUGGUAAAAACUGUGGUUUUGUCCAGUUUUACACUAGGGCGAGUGCUGAAGAAGCCUUACAAAAACUUCAUGGCUCGACUAUAGGACAGCAAACGAUUCGUUUAUCAUGGGGCAGAAGUCCUGCAAACAAACAGCGACCACUCCAGCCAUGGGGACAGCAGGUCCAGCCAGAGUUUAACCAAUGGAACGGUCCUUACUACGGCUAUGGGCAAGGAUACGAAUGCUACGGCUUUGCCCCUCCGCCACAAGAUCCUGGAGCCUAUGCCUACGGCAAUUUUCCACAGGCGUAUGGAACGUAUCCCCAGCAGGUUAGCUGAUUCACGCAGCUAAAUUCUUGCAUACUCCGCCAACUGGAUCAAAGGCACAUACACAGACGCAUCAAGAAACUGGAGCUCGAGGGCAUCAAUGGGAUGGGUACAGUGCUCUCUCUUUUUUUUUCCUUAUCAUUCGGGGCGGAGGUGAUGAGUAGAUUUAGCUUAGCAGUGGAGUGUGUGCUUGUAGGAGGUAGCUUUUGUUGCUUGGUUUGAUUCAGACUAGUUGUAGUCCAUGUGUUUGCAUCUCUUUGUAAAUGGCAGCAGUCAUUCUAAUAGACUUAACCUUUGCAUUAA